ACUAUUGCUUGUUACAGAAGGAGUUGCGAAUGACAAGUAUAAAGGCAGUAAAUUUUUAAGUUAUUUUUUAGUUUCAAGCCAAAUUUCGUUAAUAGAAGCAAAUUAUUUAGUGAGUACGUUUAAGUGUUCAGUUAGAAAUGGAGACAGCGCCAACCGCUGAACUUGUGUAUCAGGGCAUCUGCACCCUUUUUCAUAACAGCAACCCAAAAGAAAAAGAAAAAGCCAACAAAUGGUUGGAAGAUUUCCAAAAGUCGAUAUAUUCAUGGACUAUUGCGGACGAGCUACUACAGCAGAAACGCGAUUUGCACUCGUGUUAUUUUGCAGCGCAGACGAUGCGAAAUAAAAUACAAAACUCGUUCAACGAACUCCCACCUGCAUCACAUGAAUCUCUGCGAGAUUCAUUAAUUGCCCACAUCGGGCAAAUCACCAAUGAAACCGAUGCAGUAAUUGUAACUCAGCUGAGUCUAGCUGUUGCUGACUUGGCAUUACUCAUGGCAGCUUGGAAGCAACCUAUUAUCGAUUUGUUAGACUUGUUGUCACCACAACCACAAGCUGUUUGGCCUUUGCUGGAGAUACUCACACUGAUACCAGAGGAGAUAGACUCACGAUAUUUACGUUUGGGCUCCAAUCGACGUGAAGAGAUACAUAAGCAAUUAGAUGCUGCAGCACCAAAAGUGCUUGAGUUUCUAUGUGUGUGUUUACAACGUCAAGAUUGCAGUCAAGAACUUCUCAUAAAUUGCACGCUCCGGUGUUUCAGCUCCUGGGUAGCAGUGCAAGCAAUACCCAUCCAGCACUUCACAGAGAACCCAGUGGGGCAACAAGUUUUUCAACUACUCAACAGCGGAGAAACAUCACGGAAAUUGCAUGACACGUGCACCGAGUGUUUAUGCGCUUUGCUUAGCUGUAUUGAGGCAAAUACUAGCCGAUUUAGCCUACAACCGGCAAUGGAAACAAAAAUUUUUAAUGCAGUUUGUUCACUGGAGACGGCGUAUCAUAUUAGUGUGGCACACGAAGACAUAGACAAAACUAUGAACUAUUGCCGUAUAUUUACGGUGUUAUGUGAGGCUUUCUUUUACGAAAUGCUUUCUCAGGAGGAUAUACCACAUUAUUCUAUUAAAGGACUGGAUCUGGUGCUGAUGUGCGUGGGUCACUUUGAUUACGAGGUGGCGGAAAUUACAUUCAAUUUGUGGUAUAGGCUAAGUGAGGAUCUUUUUCAACGUUAUAAUGACAAAUUGACAACGCAUUUUAAACCACACAUUGAGCGCCUUUUGGGUGCACUUUAUCGUCAUGCGCAAAUGGACGCCGAUCAUGAUGGGCUAAUUGAAGAAAACGAUACUUUUAAUGAAUUCAGACGCAAAGUGUCUGAUCUAAUUAAGGAUGUGGCUUUUAUCGUUGGUUCAGGCGCAUGUUUCAAGCAAAUGUUCCUCCUUUUACAAGCACCAAAUACCACUUGGGAGUCGACAGAGUCUGCAUUGUUUAUAAUGCAAAAUGUUGCCAAAAAUAUAAUACCUGAUGAGAAUGAAGUCAUACCUAAAGUAGUGGAAGCCAUACUUAACCUGCCCGAUAAUACCCACAUUGCAGUACGCUAUACCUCUAUUAUGUUGUUGGGAGAGCUGUGCGAUUGGAUCGAAAAUCAUCCAGCAUCACUGGAGGCAGUGCUAAAUUUCCUGCUUUAUUCGCUACAACAGAAGAAUGGUUUAGCUGCCGCCGCAGCGAUAGCGCUCACCUCGAUAUGUUCGGCUUGCCGGCAAAAUAUGAUUUGUCACAUUAGUGGUCUCGUGGAGAUUGCUCGUAGUCUGGACAGUUUUGAAAUCAACAACGACUUGGCCAUCGGUCUCCUUAAAGGCAUUUCAUUGAUACUAUCACGCCUGCAUCGCACGCAACUGGAAAGCGCAAUGCGUGAAAUCAUCUCCUUUCAAUUACAACCGUUGGCACAAAUGGUUGAAAUGUCACCAGCCACCAUGGCAACGAUGCAGAAGGGCGAACGCACCGAUCCAGCUUAUUGGAUUGAUCGUGCUUGUGCAGUUAUACGUCACACAAAUCCUGACAUUGCCGAUAGUGAACUGCAUCCAACUUUGCAGAUACUCACCGAUGCCUGGCCAUUGUUAACACAAGUUAUGGAUAAAUAUCAGACUGAAGUACGUAUCAUGGAGCGUACUUGCAGGCUCAUACGUUACGGUGUACGCAUGGUACGGAAGCAAGCUUCACUUUUGGUUGAACCAUUGGUCAAGCAAAUGAUAUCCAUCUAUGCGUUACAUCACCAUAGUUGCUUUUUGUAUCUCGGAUCGGUACUAGUCGACGAAUUCGCCAAGGCUGGCGAAUGUAUACCAGGUCUACUGGAAAUGCUGAAAGCAUUUAUUGAACCCACCUUCAGCAUGUUGCAAGUGGAAAAUGGUCUCAAAAAUAAUCCGGAUACCGUUGACGACUUCUUUCGGCUUUGCUCGCGCUUUAUCGAAUGCUGCCCCGUACCGUUCCUACAAAGCGCACUCGUCACACCAAUCUUCCAAUGUGCUCUGUUAGCCUGCACACUCGAUCAUCGGGAAGCCAAUUCAUCGGUGAUGAAAUUCUUUUGUAACCUUUUGAAAUGGGGACGAAAUUCGAAUCAACGUCAACCAGAAUGUCGUCCAUUGGUGAAGGAGAUUGCGCAACAAAACGGCGAAGCAUUGAUUAUGAAUCUCAUACAUGCCUCAGUCUAUUGUUUGCACUCUUACAUGUUGUCCGAUGUGGCAGAUGUAAUGUUCGAAUUGAAAUCGGUUGUGACACAGGAGCAAAUGCAGACGUACGUGAAGACAGCACUGGAUGCGUUGCCAAAGCGAAAUAGUGGCGGAUAUGUGACGGCGACGCAACAGCAAUUGGAUGAUUUCACUGCCGCAUUGCUAGGCGCUGACACUCCCAAAACGAUAACCAUGGCGCUAAAGAACUUCACACGCUUGUACCGCUAAUUUAGAAACACACACACAACAAUAAUGCGCAAAUCAUACUAUAAUUUAUAUAGUAAAUGUUUUGUUUUGCAUACUUGAUGUAUUUAACGAAAGUGAAAAAUUUGUUAAACUGCAAAAAAAUGGAAAUGUCAAUGAUUGCACAGCAGGAAUUUUCACCAAGUCAACUUGAAACGACUGACCAUACUCCAGAGGUAUGUAAUAAUUAGUUCAUUUAUGUAACUAACAAUGGAUUUUAGUUCUAAAAUCUGACAAUGUAUGAGUACAAGGCAAUUCCAACGUAGAAAGUUGAAUUAUACAUAAUAAAGCAAAAUUUGUAGUACAUAUACAUACUUAGCCAAACAAAACCAAGCCGUCGGUGUGGUUGGAAAUAUAAAAGAGAAAAUGUUAGUGUGCGUUUAUUGUGAAAAGGCUUAGAAAGUAAUGCUUAUAGUUUAUUUUUAGUAGAAAGGAAAUCAAAAAAAGAAACCAUACUUACAAUUCAACGGUUAAAUUAAUUAAUUUUUAACUUGAAUAUAUGUAUAUUGAAAUUUUUAAUGUUAAAUAAACGUGACCGAAAGAAAUGAAAA